ACGGUGCAAGCCCGAUGGAGACGGCCUACGCCAAGAUCGCGGGCAUCGCAGCCGCGCCGGCGCUCCGCGUCUCCGAGGCCAAGAAGCCGGACGAGGCCAUGGAGGUCGCGCCGUUCACAUCCGUUGCUGGCGACGAGGCCAUCUACACCAACGCAGGCGGUCCGAUCUGGGCCAUGGACUGGCUCGUUGAAGGCGUCGGGCCGGCGUACUUGGCGCUGGGCGUGCAUCCAACGAACGCUGACGGUAGCGUCUCGGACCACACGUACGACCAAAAGUAUAGCGGCGAGAACGUCAUCCAAGUCUGGAGCAUGCCCAAGCAGCAUCCCGAGACGAUGGCAUGGACUGUGGGGCUGCGCCACGACGGCGGAUUUGCCUGGGACGUGCAGUGGAACAAGCACCGCGAGCACCUCCGGACCGAGUGGCAGUCGGGCGUCGGCCUCCUCGCGGCCGCGCUCGCCGACGGCCGCAUCGUGCUCUACCACGUGCCGAAGAACUCGACCGAGCCGAUUCUGGACCUGGCGCCGUUCUGCAGCACGACGAAAGGCCAUAGCGUGACGCUUACGCUGCGCUGGAGCCUCGUGAAUCCGUUCCAGUUUCUCAGCGGCGCCUGCGACGGCUCGAUUCAGCUCUGGAGCAUCGCGGACGCGCCGACGCUGACGCCGCUUCGCCGCUUUGACGCGGUCGACACGGUGUGCAAGCUGCCGAGCCUUGGCUGGGGCGCGGGCUGGAUCGCUGUUCGCGACGUUGCAUGGUGUCCGUACGACCCGUACAUGUUUGCGUCCGUCGGCAACGACUCGAUGCUGCGGAUCUGGGACGUUCGCGAGCCGCGCGCGUGCAUUCGGGCGCACCGCCUCCAAGGGCUGACGUGGGCGCUCUCGGUGCAGUGGUUGUCCAACUGCUUGCUCCAAGUCGCGGGCGAUCAAGGCUGCGUGCUCUCGGUCCAUCUCUACAUGGGUACGUCGACGGUGGUCACGUGGCACCCGCAGGUCGACAGUCCUGUGUGGCAGCUCGGCUACACCGAGGAGCUGAACGAGCAGAGCAUCGUCGCGUCCUGCUGCGCGGCCGGCGCGAUCCGCUACGUCUUGGGCCUCGGUCCCCACGUGAAGCGCAAGCGCGUGCCAGCGGUGCAGCUCGUGCAAUGGACGCGCCCGGGCGACGGCCACCUCGAAGUGGAUUUCAACCAGCGGCUCGCGCCCGAGCCCAACAUGAGCAAUUCGGAAAAGCGCACGUUUCCGGCGCGCGACGUGGCUAUCCACCGCCUUGCCUUUGGCCCGAUCGCGUCGCAUUGGCAGCAUACGAUGGUCUUUGGCGGCCAUCGAGGGCUGCUCGUCGUGCGCCAGUAUGCGCCAGACGCCUUUGGCAAGCCGAGUGCGUUCCGGCUCCACAAGCCCGUGAUCGGCCGGCCCCGAAAAUACCCGGUGUCGACGCGCAAGAAGACAAAUGUGCGCGGCCGGCCGCGCAAAGCCAUCAAGGCGGCGGCCAGCGAAGGCGAAGCGGCGUCGGGCACGAGCCAGAGCGAAUUGGAUACGAGCGACAUGGCCGACGACGACUCGGACGACGAUCUUGCGGCGAAAGGAAAGAAAAAGGCGCGGAGAGCCCCCGUUGUUUCCGUGCCCACGCGAGUGCUUGCGCGGCGCGUCAAGGCCGCCAAGCCGCCAACAGACAACGACGACGACGACGACGACGAUGACGACGACAAGCCGCUUGCACCUGCGGACGACGACGACGACUCGAACGACGACGACAAGCCACUUGCACCUGCGGACAAGCCGGCCACGUCGACCAAGAAAGCACGGGACGCACCGGCCAAAACGACGGCCAAAACCGCCAAGACUUCGCCCAAAGCCACCGAGUCUAAGCCUGCUGUCGCGACGACCACGGUCGUUUUGAAGCCACCGACGUUGCUGACCAAGAAGCCAAGAGGCCGGCCCCGCAAGGUAGUGCCCGAGGCAACGACGACGGCAACGGCAACGACGACGGCAACGACAACGACGACGGCAACGGCAACGAUGACGGCAACGACAACGACGACGGCAACGGCAACGACGACGCCCGAAGCGGAGGCGCCACCGAUCAAGACGGAGCGGCAGCAGUCGCUCUUGGACUUUUUAGAGACGCCGACCAAACCGGCGUCAGCACCGGUGACCUCGGGCGCUGCGAAGAAGCCCCGUGGGCGACCCCGCAAGAUCGUGAUGCCCGAGCCAGCGCCGGCCGAGGCGGCAACCGAUGCGGGUGUAGCGACAGUCGCCGCCGAUGUAGCAACAGUCGCAGCCGAUGCGGGUGUAGCGACAGUCGCAGCCGAUGCGGGUGUAGCGACAGUCGCAGCCGAUGCGGGUGUAGCGCCACCUUUAAGCGUCGCAACGGCAGAGAUUGCGCACUCGUUCUUGAUGCUGCAGCCAUCGGACCGCGUCGCGCCCAAGCGUCGUGGACGGCCGCUGAAGGAGAACGCGACCGAGCCCGAUGUCAAGCGACCUCGCGGACGGCCGCGCAAACACCCGGUCAAGGACGAGAUGCCCAAGCGUCCUCGAGGACGACCCCCGAAGCGGCCGGUGCCGACGGGCAACGACGACGGUGCGUCGACAGUCACUGUGACUCCAGCGCCGCCGCCUACCGAGGCAGCGCCGUCGCCUGCCGAGGCAUCGGCUGCCACCGACGUAGCACCGUCGCCUGCAUCGGCAUUGGUUGCCACCGACGUAGCACCGUCGCCUGCAUCGGCAUUGGUUGCCACCGACGUAGCACCGUCGCCUGCAUCGGCAUCGGCUGCCACCGACGUAGCGCCGUCGCCUGCAGCCAACGUGCCCACGAAGCAGCUGUCGAUUGCGGCGUCUGCUGUAGCCACCGAGGCGGUCGCCCAAAAGCCGCGGGCCAAGAAGUCGCCUGCCGCCAAAAAGCCAGUGGCGCCCAAUGACGAGACGCCGAUCAAGCAAGAGCCGAAUGUGUCGACGCGACGAAGCCGCGCGGCCGAGCCCGAGGCGCCCGUGUCGUGGGUCAAGGGCGGCAUCGUGCACGUGUUGCCUCGGACGUGGGCGGGCAUGAACAAGCUCGGUGGCACGGGUCGCAUUACAAGUCUCAACGACGAUGGCUCGGUGAAUGUCAAGUAUGUCCUCGGCGGCCAGGACAAGAACGUGCGGCGAGAGUUCAUCACGUCCCCCGCAGUCGCGAUCGCGACGCCGGACGACGCCAACAAGCGGCGGCGCCUCGACUAACCACACUGUAAAUGCCACCAAUUGCUGUACGCCGUGGUCAUAAAACGCUAAGAAUGGGGUGCCACGUGGCAGCUUGGUGAAG